CUCUAUCGAUAAAUUUUUAUUUUAUUUAUAAAAUUACAAUUACACCGUAAUUUAUCACGGAAAAGCUUCGCCGAGCCCGAAAACCCGGAAAAAUUGUGAGAUUUUUCCAGAAAAAUCGAUGGAGACCGCGCCAGACGAAGCGCCAACCGAGUUCUUGGAACCUGGCGAGGAAAUUGUUGAAAAUGUGAUCGAAGAGGAAGUAGUGCACGAAGAAGACGUGGAGCAUCACGAAGAAGACGGAGAAAUGAUUGAAGUUCAGCAUGAGGAGGUGCUCGAGGAAAUUGUCGAGGAAGAUGGAAUGAUGUUCGACACCGAUGGCCGUGUAAUCGAGUACAGUGACGUCAUGGUGUACGAAGAAGGCACCGAAGUGAUCGAGGAGUACGUCGAGGUGGAGGAUCUCGGCGACGGCCGCUACGCCUACGUAAUGACCGACGAUAUAGGCCAUCGGCGCCUACUAAAGCCUCACGAGGUGGAGGCCGUAAAGAAGAUGCCCGGCAUGAUGGAAGAAGAAGUCGUGAUGGAUGAUGAGAAGGCCCCAAAUACAAGCUACGCGGCGGCCCAAAAGAGGGGUAGAUUUCCUCCUCAAGCCCGAAGCAGCCUAAGCCCACAAAAGCCCAGAGCCGCCGGGGCCUAUAUGGGCCCAGAGGCCUACUACCAACAGCCCAAAAGAAUGACCCAUAUGGCAAAGGUGGACGUGGAAAAGUACUCGCCAGUGACACCCGUGAACCGUCGGCCGCUAAUGGAUAACGCGAUUUUUAAGUCUAAGCUUCCCAGAAAAAGUGCUCCAUGGCAAGAGGAAACUGCUGCCAACGGGGGGCCCCAGUCUACAAGCCUCAUCAGAUCCCCGUCCCCAAUGCUCAAAGAGCCCCUAUUCGAUGAUAACGAGAUUCGAUUCAAGUGUGCAGAGUGUGGAGAUGGAUUCCCUGUAAUGGAUCGACUCUGUGAUCAUAUGAUCAAGCAACACGACUGUCAGACAAAUGUCCGAGAGGUUCAGUUCUUCGCAGAUCGGGAUUUCGAGAAUUUCCUGUUAAAAGUCGAGAAGGCCACCCUGGGCCGAGAUCCUGAAGACGCGAUUCGCAAAAAAUCACGAGCCGGCUCUUCGCAGCUUUUCGUGUGUAAUUAUAUGAAUAAAGGCCGCCAAAAGAUGGCCGAGCUUGUCGAAGUUGGCAUCGUUGGGCUCUCCGAGCGACCGCUUGAAGUUUGUACGGCGUUUGUGCAGAAAACUCAUGGAUACGAAUGCAUCCGCGUCAAAUACUGCGACCAACACAUUCACUACGACGGAAAUAUCGGUUUUCGAGUGCCAAUAGCCGUAAAACGACGGCUUUUUGAAAUGUCAUUCAAACGGCUUCCGAUUCCGUGUAUGCAAAUCAUGUUGGGACUAGAAGCCGAACAACUUCUUCCACAUCCCACCAGAUUUGAGGAAAAGCUCAAAAAUCUGUCACACGUUGAAAUUAUCGAGCUUCUGCAGAUUAUCAACGCCUCGUUGCGGAAACAUCAGGAGGUUGAGCCGAGGGGAAAGAAGGUUCCCAUCAAAUUUGAAACCAUAAAAUCAUCUGAAGGCUCUCAAACACUGAUGGUCAAGCGUGUAACUCCGCCGAAAAAAGAGCACAUGGACUACGAUGAGCCGGACCCGAAUAUUCCGUCGACCAGUGCUCAGGCUCUUGGCUAUAAUCCAGAUGAUGAUGAAGGGGAUGAUGUUCCGAUGAUGUCGAGAGAGGAAGAGGUGUUAGACGAUGAGACGGGAGAAGAAUCUGUGAUGACGGAGGAUUGUGAUGGAAUGAUGGAGGAUAAUAUGUUAUACGACCCGGAAAACAACCGCGAUCCACUAUUCGACGAGCUGACCGAGGUGGAGCUCGGCGUGCUCGACGCCUACGAGCACGACAUUGAAAUCGCGCUAACCGAGGCUCAAAAGAAGGAACGAACUCGGCUGAAGGCGAAAUUCGCGCUGAACAAAGUGAUCGGAAUCUAUCAAACACUGGACACAGCGACCCACGGCCUGACUGCCGGCGAACUUCACACUGAUACGAUCAAUCAUCUCCGUGAUAUGGCCAGCUACGUCGUUGAGCUAGUCUGCCAGAUUGACGCGGAGGUGAAGGUUCGGAGGAAUCCCGCGUUGCGAAUCGACGACGUCAAACGAGAUAUGAUCGCCGGAAUUGCGAUGCAGGAGCGGGUUCAUCAGCCUGAACGUCGGCCGAGAAGAUCCGCUGCACCAGCAUCACCAGCUAAGCCACAGUAUAGACCUCAACCGCCAGCUCGGAGCCACGAGGAGUAUACCCAAAGGAUCAUGAAUAAGGUGAAGGAGUACAUGCCGAGACGACGCCCCGAUGCUUAUGAUCUUCAGCAGGGUCAGCAGCAGAGCCGGCUUCAGAUGCUCCGAGAGCAGACCCUGCUCCGUGCUCCGCUGGAAGAGGAGAAGCCGCCUGUCGCCACAAUGGCCCCAGUUCCAGACGAGCACAAGGCGAUCCCGUGGACUCGGCCUGGCCGGAAACGGGCGAUGGGGCCUGGGGAGGCGGCGACGGCGCCUGCGAAGAGGCGAGGAAGGCCUACGAAAAAGGAGGAGGCGGCGGAAGCGGCGGCCAAAUUGAUUCAGGCCGAGAAUGAGAUGGUUGUAGAGGAGGAGGAGGUGGAGGAGCCCCCAGUGGUGGAGCAGGAGCAGGUGCCAAAAGAGAAAGAAGUAGAGGUUGCAGAGGCUGAAAAGCUGCCGGAACAAGUCAAAACUGAGCCAUCGGUCACCCCAUCAUCAGCUCCACCGACACCUGCAACAACGGCGACAAAAACCCGUACCGGACGUGUUGUAAAGCCCAAAAAAUGGGAUGAUAAUUGAGAAUUUUUUCGUUUUUUUCCCACCAAUUUUGCACUAUUUUUAAUCGAUUUUUGAUCUUUUUUUUGGCGGCGGGAAACGAUGCUCCGAAAUUCCGGGAUAUCGGAGUGUCGUUGUUGCUCCACCGCACACUUCUUUACUAUUCUAAUACACUUGAUUCAUUUUAAUUUCCAACAAUUUCUCCCAUUUUUUUUGUUUUUUAUUUAUUUAAAAUAACUUUUUAUUACUGAUAAACACCAAGAAUUGAUAUGAAAAUAUACAAAAUUUUUGGGACAAAAAAAAUUUGAAAAAAAUUUCAAAAAAAAAA